AUGGAGUUCAAGCAUUUUAGCCACAACCAUGGUUUGGUGUUCCACCAAAUGCCCCAAAGUGCCCAAAUCCAAUGCUCCGGCUGCCACUGCCUCGGGACCGGCCCUGUCUACACCUGCUGGCGCUGCUCCUUCUUCCUCCACGACCAAUGUUUUCGGGCUAAUCGCUCUCUCAAACACCCCUCCCACCCUCUCCACCCAUUGACAUUGACCCCCUACCCCACCUACCCUUCCAACUCUUUCUAUUGCAAUUCUUGCACCCUCAUUGGAAGUGGGUUUUCCUAUUCUUGCUCCGAAUGUGACUUUGAUCUCCAUGUUCAUUGCGCUUAUUCUCCUAUCCCUAAUCAACCUAUCCCUUGCAGCCACCCAAACCCUAACCCUAUCCCCAAUUUUAGUCCCCCUACUGUUCACUCCCCGGCGCCGGCGGAGCCGGAGUCUGAGCCGCCGGUAGGGUUUCCGACGGGAAAAGAUCGGGAAACGACUCACUUCAGCCAUCCCCACCGCUUGAAGCUGACGGAAGUCCAAGAAAAGGACGGGAAAAAGUGCUCCGGUUGCGAGUACAUCGUAACCGGUCCGGUUUACACCUGCGUUGAACCGGACUGCGGCGUUGACUUUCACCUCCACAAGAAAUGCUUCGAACUGCCGAGAGAAGUCCGGCACAAAUCCCACCUCGACCACGCGCUCACGCUCCUCCCCUCUCCGCCGUACCAAGACGGCUUCGCGUGCAACGCCUGUCUGGAGAAGGGCUCGGCGUUCGUCUACCACUGCACCACGUGCUCGUUCGAUCUCCACGUGGAGUGCGUGCGCUGGCCGGAGAAAGUGCAGCGGGACGACCACGAGCACGCGCUGUCGCUCUUUUACGCGCCGCCGGUGCCGAAGAAGGACGGAGAAGAGCCGGCGGCCGAGGAUGAGGAGGAGAAGGUGACGUUUGUCUGCGACGUCUGCCAUCACGGCGUGCACGAAAUGGCGUGGACUUACUACUGUCACGAAUGCGACUUCGGAACUCACUUAGAUUGCGUGGUCUCGAAGGUGCAGCCGCCGGUGGAUAAACCGGUAGACGACGACGCAGCGGCGGCGGCAGCGAUUCAGGAAGCUCAGAUGAAGUUGGCGCUGCUUCAGCUUCUUGUCAAUGGCGGCGGCCCUAUAGAGUUCAAGUUUUCGUGA